UUGUUGUUCUGUCAUAAACAGGAGCAUGCUUUAAAUAUCUUGAUGUUUUUUGGUUAACUUUAAUAAAUAACAUACAAUAAUAACAUAAAGAUGAAGUUUAAACAAAAGAGUGACCUCUUUUCAAAGGCUACAUUAUCAGAAAAAAUAGCAGAUGCAUUGACAGUGAAACCUAUAGCUGAUAUCGAAGAUGAUCAAGUAUUUGGUACCAAACCACGUACUGUUACACGAGCUGAUUUUAGUUCAGAUAGUGAAGACGAAGCAGCAAUCAGUGAUUUUCGAAAAAGGAACGUUAAUUUAUUAAGUGACAUUAGUAAAAAAUAUGAGGGCAAAAUUGUAUCGAGGAAAGAACACGAGCAGGCAACAGAAAGUUCUGGAAGUGAAGAUAGUGGCGACUUCAACGAAAAACAAACUGCCAAUAAUGGACAAAUCACAGAUUCUGAAAGUGACAACUAUGAGAAUAUAAAAGAAAAGAAAUCUGAUAUUGAAGACUCUGACACUGAUAACAAUAUUCAAAUAAGUAAAAAAUUAAAAGAUAGUGCUGAUUCUGGUGAAGAUGUUUCGGAUGAUGAUUACGAAAGUGAUGACGAUGAUUAUAGUAUAUCCAAGUAUCAAAAGUCAAAAUCUCAAGAUUCUGGUGAGGAUAAUGAUGGUAGCGAUGAAGAAGAUGGUUAUGAUAUUAGCCAAAUGGAAGAGCCACCUAAAGAGGAGUUUGAACAUGUAAAAAAGCAGAAUGUAUCAGAAGAAGCAAAGAAAGGUGCAAGUGUAAGAAAUCAGCUUUUAAUUUGGGAAGGACUGCUAGAGAUGAGAAUCCAUCUACAGAGAUGUGUAAACACAGCUAACCAGAUGCCUUUGCCGGACACUUUUGAGGAGUUAAAAGUAAAUAAGGAUUAUGUUGAUGAUGUAAAUGCUACAAAAACAAAUAUAUCUGCUGUAUUAGAUAAGUUUAUUAACUUACAAAAUAUGUUAUUUAUGAAAUACCCUGAGACUAAAUGUUUAUUGAAAAGUAAGGAGUCACAUGAACUCAAGACAGAGAACAAAGCAGAUAGUGAUGAAGAAAUACCAAGUGACACUGAUAAUGAAGAAAUACCUUCAGACACAGAUGCAGAAGAUACUCCUGUCAUAGGCGACACCAAGCCUUCAAAGAAGAAUAACAUCAUUGUAUCAAAGAAACGAAAGCUAGAUGAUUAUGAAAAAGAAAUAGCUACAUCUCAUAAAUCUUUCAAAUCAUUUAGAGAUACUACAAUCCAGAAAUGGAAUGAUAAAACAAGGUUAGCAACUGCAACUAGUAUUAAAAAUGCACCAACAAAUACUAUCUUACAGCAAAUAUCAUAUAUUCUAUCAGAUAGGGAAAAAUUGAUUAAGAGAACACAGUUAAAAAGGUCAGAAUAUGAUAUUGUUGGUUAUAAGAGACCUGAAGAUGUGGAAAAUACAGAGGAAAAUGGAGAACAUAAUGUGAUAAAAAAUAGGAAAGAUGUUGAUGAAUAUAUACCUGAAAUAUUUGAUGAUAGUGAUUUCUAUCAUCAGUUACUUAGGGAAUUGAUUGAAUGUAAAUCAGCAGAUAUAUCUGAUCCUGUACAGUUGAGUAGACAAUGGAUAGCACUCCAACAAAUGAGGAGCAAAAUGAAAAGGAAAGUGGAUACUAAAGCAACAAAAGGAAGAAAGAUUAAAUAUGUAGUUCAUAAUCAACUAGUGAAUUAUAUGGCACCAGAGAAAUGUAACACAUGGACUGAUGAAGCUACUAAUGAAUUAUACAGUUCAUUGUUUGGCAAAAUGUUUGAACACAACAAUACAAGUCAUAAUGUUGAUUUACAAAAUGUUAUGUUGAAAUAAAUUUAU